AUGGUUUUAAUUCAUGUAAAGUAUGGUGAUGAAAGUCAGUUUUUGUAUGAAGCAUCCUUGGAAACUCCUGUAGAUGAAUGCACAUUGAAUAUUACAUCAAUCUAUAAUGGCCGUUUAAAAAUAUCCAGAAUUUGUUGUGGUAAUUAUUAUUUAUUUUACUUUUAAUUUGUAUUUAUUAAUUUUUACAAACAUAUUUAUUUAUUAUUUUUUUAUAAUUGGUUAUUAUUAAAAUCCUAGAAAUGGAAGAACUUAAAAAGCAUGGUACAUUGUUACCACCUGAAAUAAUGGGUUUAACUGAUGAACAAGUAAUUGAACUUAAAUUAGUUGAUAAAUGGGGCGAAAAAUGUAUUCCUAGUGGUGGAUGUACAUUUAACAAAGAUCCAAUCGGACGUCGAAAUGGUAAUCAGCCCAAUGAAAAAAUGCAAGAUGUGUUGACUAAAACAAUUGAAGAGGCUAAAGCUUGUGUUUCCAAAGUAAAUACUAUUUUACAAUUAAAUUACCUAAUUAUUAUUUUACCUAAUUUUAAUUAUUUAUUUUAUAGAAAUUAGUCCAAUCUCAAAUUCCAUUGACCCAAAAAAAAGUUCAAGAAGCUCUUGACUUGUUGAGAGGUGUCAUUAUGAUUGUUUAUCCUAUGAAUUUACCACCACAUGAUAAUAUAAGACUAGAGUUAGAAAAUAACGAAGACCUUUCAGGAACACAUGCAUCAUUGGAGGUAAGGAAUAAUUUAAAAUUAGUUUUAGUUCUUUUUGUGAUUAGAUGAGGUAUAUACAGGCUAGGUAUGUCAUAUUUUAUUUUUCAUAUACCUAUGUUUGUUACAAUGGAAAACUUAAAGUUUAAAAGUAUUGUUGUCUAGUUUUUGAUUAUUUAUUUUUUUUGUUUUUCUUAGGCGGGUUAAUAUCCAUAAUUAAAAACACCUAUUUAAUAAUAUUGUACACUAUACAAUAGAUAUUGUAACUUAGUAUUUUUGUAUUGUUAUUAAAUAAUGUAAACAAAUUUUCCUAAGUGAUAACACAAAUGUGAUAGGUCUUAUAUUAGAAGGACCUAUCCAAUUUUCAAAAUUAUUUAUUAUUUAUUAUUUAUAUGCGGUUCCUUUUUUUUACCACUUAAUGACCCAAUGAACAUGUUCAUUUUUCUAAUGAAUAUAAAUGUUUUCUUGAAAAAAAAAUGAUUACGUAAUGUGAAUGUGUUCAUUUCUUUAGUGAACUUUUAAACAUUGAUUGUUAUAAUAUCCACCACAAGCAUAGCUUAAAGGAGAUGAAUACCAGCUUAAAAAGAGAGUAUUCAUAAUUUUAUUUGCAUUUAUUUUUAUUAAUUAAUUGAACAUUAUUUUUUUUUUUGAAAAUAAAAAAAAAAUGGUGUGGUUAAUGCAAAUCUUUGUUAAAUUUAUUUCAUUGAUUUAGCUUUGAAUCUAAUUUAAAAUGAAAUAGAUUAUGUACUUAUUGAAAAAAUAAUAAAACCUGAUCGAUUUUCCAUAAAUUUUGUAAAACAAACAUGUACAAUAUUCAUACUCAAGUUCUAAUAUUGGAAGACAAAGUGAUGUCUACAUUCAAAUUAUCAAAUUUAGUAGUUAAGUAUUACUAAAACCUAAAGCAUAUUGUGUUAAUGAUUAUACCUAUUUAUGUACUAUUAAUUAUGUUUUUUAAAAAUUUAUAUAAAUUCUUUAGCAAUUGAAUUCAAUAACAUCAUAACAGUCUAUUUUCAAAACAUUUUUUACUUAUUUGAUUUAAAAUCUAAAUAAUCAACUCAAGCUAUAAUUUAUAUCAGUUGUUCGUAUUUUUCCUUAGGUGAUCGCACCAAGUGAAGCUCAAUUGUGGUUUUCUGGGCGUGAAUUAAUACGGGAACCAAUCAAAAAAAUGAAGGAUUAUUUAGGACGCAAUGAAAAAACCAAAGUUGUUCUGAAGAUAACUAAAACUGGUUCUGGACCACCAGCUCGUGAACCACCGUUAAGUGAACAAGAAAGAAAACUGUUAAUGGCUCAAGCAUUUAAAAAACAAGAAGAAUUAAAGGUAAGUGAGUUUUGUUAAUAUUAUUAACACUAUUGUGUUUACUAUCUAUUUAUAUCUACAUAGUUUAUUAUUUGUAAUGAAAAAUAUUAGUAAGUUUUGUCAUAUAUUUUAAAGUUGUUGUUAAUAUAUAAUGUUUAUGCACUUCAUAUUGAAGUGCUUUAUUUAUUAUAUAAAAUAAUUAUGACUAGAGCGCGGAUUUAUAUUUUCUUAAAAAAGCUAAAUUAUGAUGCUUUUAAUCGCUUAAAAAUUUGAACAUAUGUUUAUAAAAUAUUCUAAAAAUAUUAUAUUAUCUUUAAUAUAAUAGAAAUAUAUACUAUAUAGUAUAUAGAAUCUGUAUACUGUAUUGCAUAUAUUACUUUUAUAUGAAUAUAUUCUCUUAACAUCAUAGGCGUGGCUAUAUAGAUUGUUGUGUGUAGGUAGGUGUGUAGGGUGUGUAGUUGCACACCCUGCGAGUCGUGUCAAGAUUUUUAAAUUGGAAAUAUAAUGAUAUUGUAGUUAUAAACAAAAAACUGAAAAAUUUGAAUAAUUAUGUUGUUCUCAAUGUGUGAUACUAUAUUAUGUGUUAUCACUUAUUGUUAUUAAAUGAAGAUGAAUUAAAGGCUGAAAUAUUUUUAGUCAAACUAUUUGGGCAUUUUGAACAAAGAUUCACGACAAAAACAGUGUAAAGCAGACUACAAAAAUGGUCAAAAUAUGAUAGUUUCCCAAGUAUAUUUAAAGUACUUGAAGUUUUUAAAAUGUUAAAAAAUUAACUAAAUAUUAAAUAAUGUUUAGGCUGUUUAG